UUUUUGGUGCCCUUCUUGCUGGUGUUGGCUAAAGACUGGAAACUAAGGAAUUGUUAUGAUUUGAGAUAAUUUUUGUGUUCUGUAGUUGAAUUUUAUAAUUAUUUUGGUGAAGCAUCACUCGUGUCUUCCACCUAAAGUCUGACAUACAUUACCAAUGCGUACAAAUUUGACCAUCUUGUUGGAAACGAUCUCCCAAAGUUCAUAGGGACCAGAAAUAUAGUAGGCAGUAGGCCUAUCAUAAUAAUUUUAAAUAUAUACAAUCAUCUUUACUAAUAAUCUUAAUAUUACAUUUUAAGCUUUAAAAUGGGUCUAACAGGGUGCUACGGAAUACUGAAAUACCUUGUGUUUUUCGUGAACCUUGUGUUUUGGAUAACUGGUUUGACCAUUAUUGUUCUAUCGGUGUGGAUGCUCACUGACCCCACAUUCUACAUGAGCAUGGCUCAAGAUGAGUCAAGCUACUACACUGGAAUCUACCUCUUCCUGAUCGUUGGGACUUUAAUGUUCAUUGUAGGGUUUCUCGGGUGCUGCGGAGCAAUAAAAGAAUCUCAGUGUAUGCUUGUUUUGUUUUUCUGCCUUCUCCUGAUCAUCUUGGUGGCUGAGAUAUCGGCAGGCGCCUGGGCCUACAGCAACAGUCAUCAGUUGGAAGAGUUGGUCAGGGACAGUGUGGAGACAACAGUGCAAGAGGAGUAUAGCGUAGUGGACAGUCGUACACAGACUUUCGACGCCAUACAGCAAGGCUUGGGAUGCUGUGGAGCUAACAGCCCUAGUGACUGGGUGAGCAGCAGGUUCAACAACGGAGGCAAACAAGGCAUCAACCUGUCCAUCUUAUCUCCCAUGAAGUUGUACAAAUUGCCGGCCAGUUGCUGCGCGUUGCCGGAAGGCAGUGAGCAGUGUAAGGAUCUCAAGACCCCUAUCGUCCCAAACAACGAGCACGUCUAUCAGGAAGGAUGCACAAAGAAGCUGCAAGAUAAGCUGAGGGAAUACAUGAGCACUGUUGUUGGUAUCGGAGUCGCAGUUGCGAUCGCACAAUGUCUCGGACUGUCUUUCGCUCUCGUGCUGUGCUGCGCGAUCCAACAACGCGACCGCUACAAAGCAUAGGACACACCGCAUUGUAGUGUCAGCCACCUCACCUCCACCGACUCCGCCAACCAGCUGCGACGUGAGUUCAUCUAUUAACUUACGAUUAAUUACUUAACCUCUACUAAUAAAGUAGUAAGCAUUUAGUGUAACUGCCGAUGCUGUUGAAGUUUGUAAAAAAGUCAGGCAGUUAGUAACGAGUUUUGUUAUAGCUAGGGGUGUGCGAGUAUUC